AUGCCUUCCACCAAGGUCUUCGCGGCCGUCCUGGCUGCCCUGGCCGUCCCCAUGGUCAGCGCCAGCCCUUGCAAGCCAAAGGCCCCCACCACCACCGACGCAGCUCUUCCUGGCAUCACAACCUCUGAGACUGUCACUGCUCUUACAUCCAGUGCUCUUACAUCUGGAACCGAGACCGGCACCGCUACCACCGCGACUUCUCCUGCCGCCACCACCACCGAGGCUGCUUGCUCUCAGUUCACUCCUGUCGAGCCCCAGCCUGAUAACUGUGGCAAGACAGGCACUGCUCCCAACUGUGCUGAUAAGAUCAUCGGCACUCCCUCUACUUGUGUAGACUGGCAGGAGUGUGGUAACACUUGUGGCAAGACCGUCGGCUGCAAGUCUUUCUCCGUCCAGGGAAACACUUGCACACUCUACGAGACUAUCAUUGAGGAGCUUGGCUUCACUCCCGGUCUCGGCUCACACAAGUUCUACGAUCUUGAGCUUUGCUUCACAUGUGCUGAGGAGUCUUCCGCUACUUCUGGCACCGAGACUGCUACUGGAACUCAGACCACUGAGACUGCCGCUGGUACUCAAACCACCGAGACUGAUACCGAGACUGCUACUGGAGCCCAGACCACCGCUACUUCUGGUACUGAGACUGCCACUGGUACUGAGACUGCCACUGGUACCGAGACUACCGAGACUGGUAUUGACACUGCCACUGGCACCCACACCACUGAGACCGCCGCUGGUACUCAAACCACCGACACCACCACUGAAACUGGCGCCGGUAUUCAGACCACCGAGACUUCUGCUGAAAGCUCCGCUGCAACUCAGACCACUGAGACCUCUGCUGCUGCCAACACUGACACCACAGAGACCGCUACAUCUACUGAGACCAUCUCUGAGUCUAUCUCUGAGUCUGGCACAACUACUGCUGCUGCUACCACCACCACUACCGAGGCUGCCUGUGCCGCUUAUACCCUCAAGGCCGACGCUCCCACCACUUGCGGCAAGUUCGGCAAGCCUGCUUCCAACGCUGUCUACGAGCCACUCGGUGAGGAUGUUGAUGGCAACGCCUACGCCAAGGACUGUGCUAUCAAGUGUGCCGAUCUCCGCCUCGAGCUUAACCCUGAAGCACGAUGCCGGUCUUUCUCUUUCAAGGAUGGUGUAUGCAAGUUCUACAGCGCUCCUGUAAGUGAACUGCACAUCGAGCAAUGCUCCCUUACCGAUGGUGCCCACUUCUACGACUUUGUCGAUUGUUACUCUUGCCACGAGGAUGCUGCUCCUACCACCACCACCGAGACCGCUGCUGAGACUGGUACUACUUCCACUGAGGUCAUCGCCGAGUCUGACACAACUACCACUGCUGCUGCUACCACUACUACUGAGGCCGCUAUUACUUCUUCUACCGAGGCUGCUGAUACUACAACUACUGAGGCUGCCACCACCACCGCUGGCGCCUGCACUGCUGGCUACACCACCAUCCCUGGUGCCCCUAUUGAGAAGUGCAACGUCGAGGGCAUGCCUAGCAAUGGCGAGCAGAGUAUUGAGACCUGCACGGUCAGCGGUCCCGAUGAGUGCGCUGCCAAGUGCGCUGCCAAUGAGCAGUGCAACACCUUUGCUUAUUACUCUGGCAUGCACCACUGCAAGCUCUUCUCUGAAGAGAUCGGCGAAAUGGGCAUCGCUCCCUGUGAUGGCGACAUCUGCCCGGUGGAUGGAUUCUUCUACGACGUGAACGCUUGUUACGCCAAGUGCGAUGGAGAUGCUUCUCCUGCCACCACUACCGAGACUUCUGAUGCUCUCACCACUACCACUGGAGCUGCCACCACCACUACUGAGGCCGCUAUCACUUCUUCCACCGAGGCUGCUGUCACUUCUUCCACCGAGGCUGCUGACACCACUACCACCGAGGCCGCUGUUAUCACUACCACCACUACCGAGAUGGAGACUUCCACCACUGAGGCUGCUACUACCACCACUGAGGCCGCUCCCGUCUGCACAAACUACAUCCCCAAGCCUGACCGUCCCAGCUCUUGCGGCAAAGAGGGCCGAGUUGCCUGCAGCGAUUCCGAGAAGCUUGGCAACUCUUUCUAUGCCUACAACGCCGACAAGUGUGGUAAGGUCUGUGGAACUACUGAAGGUUGCAAGACCUUCUCCUACAAGAGGAGCAAUUCUAAGUGCCAGCUCUACAAGUCUGCCCUUGAGAGCCUCCAGUUCCGUCCUUGCACCACUGGCGUCAAGUUCUACGACCUUGAGAAGUGCUACACCUGCCAGAACGAGGUGACUCCUAACCCUCCUGCAACUUGCUCCAAGUACGUUCCCAACUUCGCCAGCUGUGGCCAGAACACCCACUGUGGUACCCCUGGCACCAUCUGCGAGGAGGAGCGCAUCCCCAACGCUGGUGAUGCUUCGUGCCUUGAGAACUGUGCCAAGAGCUGUAUUAGCUUCGGCGACGAGUGCAAGUACUUCAGCUACAGGCCUGCCUCCAACCGCUUCUCCGCCAAGUGCAACUUGUACAAGCGUGGCAAGAUCAACAAGAACUACCAGUAUAGCACCAAGUUCUACGAGAAGCCUUGCUUCAAGUGCCAGAACCAACCUCAGGUUCUCUAA